AUUCAGUUUCCAGGGCAACGCAAACUAAACGAAAAGUGUCACCGACUACAGAACUGCACGAGCCUUUUAGUUUUAGGCAAGUUAAACUAUUCUUCGGCGAAUUUAAAACUUAAAAUGGAGAAAGACAAUGAGAAAAAGAAGGGAUUUGAUAACAUUAUAUUCUCAGAUCACGACGAAGAACUUUCUAGCAGCAGGAACGUCAAAACAGACCCCUCUAUUGAAGAACCAGCCACCGGUGGGUCAGAACACACAACGGCUCUCAAAACCAACUCCGAGCGCGCGACGUCACAUAGUCAGAGUGUUAUUUUUGAGACCGACAGAAGCAACAGUGGCCGAUAUUUGGGGUUAAACCUCGACACCCCAAAGACAGAGAGUCCCACGCAGGAGGGAGACGGUUCUACAGCUGCUGCUGAAGGUACAACCGACAAAAAAGUCCAACUCGAAGAUUCCCUCCAAGACCUGAUCACACAGAGAGACGAGGCCCGCAAACUAAACAGGCAGCUGCAGAUGAGGCUGGCUCAAUACUUCCACAACACAGCCAUUGACGGGGGCCAGCUGGGGAGAGGCAGGCGGGAGGAGGAGCAGCUUCGGGAGUAUGAGCGGUCCGUCCAGGUCCUGUCUGAGCUGAAGCAGCAGCUCGGCACCGCUUCACAGACGGCCCAGCAGCAGGCCGAGGAGCUCAGGUCACAGGCCCGCGACAAGCUGGGCGAGGUGGAGGCAGAGUGGGAGGUGUUCCUGAGCCUGAAGCGGGAUGCUGCGUUGGCGGCGCUGAGCCCCCGCCUGGGGACGGACCUGGCCCGGUCCAAAGUGCAGGCGGUGCUGACAGCAGAGCAGGUCCGGCAGAACCAGCUGACCAGGCUACGUCUGAAGCACUUCUCGCUGAAGUCCAGGAUCCAGAGGCUGGAGGUGGAGCUCCGUGGCCAAGACCCACAGAGGGUCCAGUUGGAGCAGCUGCAGGCCAGCAUGCUGGAGAGGAAGAAGCAGAUGGGAAGGGAAAGAGAAGAAUCCCUAAAGCUACAAAGGAGGAUCAGCAGCAGCCUGGAGGUCCUGUCAAACGUCAGAGAGAAGCUGCUCUGGAGCCAGGCGGAGGUCCGGGCAAAGCGGCAGCAGUUGGCUGAGUUGGAAGUCCUGGUGGCUGAGAGGAGGGACGUCCUGACCCAAACCAGGCUGGAGCGGAACCGCCUACAGAGAGCCAACGCCAGACUGAACCAGCGCCGUGGGCUGCUGGGGGACAGAGACCUGCUGCUGGACUUGGAGCAGACGCUGGACGGAUCACAGCUUUUAGAGAAACAUCUGGAGGAGCUGAGGCUCAGGAAGGCUGAGGUUACAUCAAAGUGUUGGGUGGGGAGGAGCAAACCACUGUCAUUUCAGGGCUAGACCUUUAGUGUUUGUUUGUUUUUUAACCCUUUUCUUUGUUAUUCCCUUUUUUCUUCCUUCUUUCUUUUACUGCACAUCACAUUUUAUUUACGUUUUUUCUUUUUAGGUCUGGACAAUAUGGCUGAAAAACACAUCACAUGAAACGCUUGUUUAGUGUCAGUUCAUGUCAAUGAUUAUUUGUUUUUUGUAUUUUAAAUAUCAGAAAAACUCAAAAACUUUCCUGCUUCAUCCACAGUUUUCACUCCAUUCAGUAGCUUUCUAUUGUUAAGUAGUAAUGAGUGACGCGGGCGAAACCUGAAUCUGCUGCUGGCAAGUUACUCAGCCGGUUGUUGCUAGGUAACCAAAGAGCAAGUGAGUCACUUUCUUAGGCUGCUGUGAGAGGUUGAGUGGCUAAAGCCUUUCCUACAUCCCCCAGUAUGACUGUGAUCCAUCUUCCUGUAGCUCCACAUUUCAGAGCAACAAAUUUGUUCUUAGCGUCCCGUUUUGUUCAGAGUGCAGAAGAUCGGUUUGGUUAAAUGCAAAACAUGACAGAAGGCGAUCUAUGUUUCCAGUGCUUUUUUUGUUCUUUUUUUUGGGGGAAAAAAGACCCUGCUAAGUUUUGCUUGAGACUCGAAAAGGAAAAGAAGGAAUUCAAGGGGAUGGUAGAAUAUCUUCCGAGCAGAAUUAAGCGCUCUGAAGAUGGAAAUGAUCUCACACCACGAGACCUUUAAUCAGAAUAUCAGAUCCUCGUCAGUGAAAACGAUGAUCUCAAAACACAGCUCACGUCUCUCAGAAACGGCAGAGAUCCGAUUCGAGAUGAGUUGAAUCUGUUCUCUUGCGUCAUGGCAGGGGGCGCUCAUGAUCCCACAACUGCAGAGUAAGAGACAGUAACAUUGAGCUCGCCAUACAGUGAAAUCAAGUGCAGCAAUAUAUUUAUAAUUUUCUCUUCUUACCACAGCAAUCACUUCUUAAUAAUCACAAAAUAAACAUUAAGCCUAAACCCAUACCACUGCAACGUACUACAUGUUCUGCUCUGUGUGGAAAAUAUUUCAGUGUUUUUUUUUAGGGGCGUUGUCAGUUGCUAUGAAAACGAGUCUGCGCGUAGCCUGGCCAAUGCAGAGACCGAGAAAGACGUAGCUUUGAGACCUCAGUGAAGUUGCCCCCCCGUUCUCCCACUCCUUCUUCAAAUCAGACAAAAUUGGUGUCAAACGUUUGUGCAGCUUUGGCUUUGAAGAUAUAAAUUAAAGUUUAAAGGUCAACCAGCUCUCCCCGCCCCUUUCAUAAAAUCAAUCACAGUAGGUGUCAAUCAACUCAACUACAUUUGUGCUAGUUUGUGCAGCAAAAAUUUUCAUUCUAAAGAUAUUAAGAAAAAUGUUUCUAGAGGUCAUCAAAGGUCAAGGGUUAGGGGUUAGGGUUAGUUUCACAGAAAAAUCUACAGAUAGGUUCAACUACAGUCCACUGUAUCUAGGUUUGUCUAAUUCUGCAGCUCAUGCCUAAAAGACGGGGGUUCAUCCAUGCUGUUGUAACAAGGGCUAUCAAUACAUGUGUAAAUAAAACACUUCAAAGCAGGAAGUUUUCCUUUUUAACUUCACAAUAAGAGUCCCAGAAAUACAUGACCUAAGUUUAAACCUUAAAAAACCCCUCCUUCCUCUUACACUUUAUCGAGCAAGGUUCAUUUUGACAAACUUCACAUCACAAAACAGACUUCAUGCCGACAAGAACGUAUUGCGGUGUUUUUAUACAAGAUCUUUUGACAUCCUUUUCUACUUUAAACUGAAUCAAAGUUCCACUAAAACAUCUGGUCAGUACACUGCAUGUGUACUGACCAGACGUCUUUUGAGACGUUUAGGUGGUCAUUCUAGUAACAUGUCUGUACAAGCUUUAAAAGAAUAACCAUGCUGAGUCAUGGAACAAAAAGAAAAGCCAUAAAGCCAUGCAGUAAAUGAAGUUUUUAAUUUCAGUCUUUUUUUCAGUUUUCAAAAAUGUUAAACCUAAUAGUUAACAUUUAAUGAUGAUGCUGUAUUUGCUUCCCAACCAUAUAUCUUAUCUAUCUAUUUGAUGGAUGGAUGGAUGGAUGGAUGGAUGGAUGGAUGGAUGGAUGGAUAGAUAG